AGGCGUUUCCUUCUCUUCCUCCACAGAGACUUGAAGCUAGACAACGUCCUUUUGGACAAUGAGGGACACAUCAAAAUCGCUGAUUUUGGGAUGUGCAAGGAGAACAUGUUUGGAGAUGCAAAGACAAGCACUUUCUGUGGGACUCCUGACUAUAUUGCUCCUGAGAUAUUGCUGGGGCAGAAGUACAACACCUCCGUUGACUGGUGGUCCUUUGGUGUCCUCCUGUAUGAGAUGCUUAUUGGCCAGUCUCCUUUCCAUGGCCAAGAUGAAGAGGAGCUUUUCCAGUCUAUCCGCAUGGAUAACCCAUUCUACCCUCGCUGGCUUGACAAAGAUGCAAAGGACAUUUUGCUGAAGCUUUUUGUGAGAGAACCUGAGAGGAGACUGGGAGCAAGAGGGAACAUCCGCCAGCAUGCCUUCUUCCGGGAAAUAAACUGGGAAGCUUUAGAAGAAAGAAGGAUGGAGCCUCCUUUCAAACCCAGAGUGAAAUCUCCAAGUGACUGCAGCAACUUUGACAAGGAGUUUCUAAAUGAAAAACCAAGACUGUCAUGUGCUGACAGAGCACUCAUUAACAGCAUGGACCAAAAUAUGUUCAGCAACUUUUCUUUUGUGAACCCUAAAAUGGAGAAGAUACUGUGCUGAGGUCCUCCUUACUGAAAGAACUCUCUUUAAUGGUGAAUACUCUGCCACAUGAAGACUGUGCAUGGUGGUUUUUAUGAAGACCCUCCAGAAAAACACCUCAGUGAAAGUCUGUACCAUGCCUGGAGGGUUCCAGCUUAUUCCAGUCCAUA